AUGUAUAAUUAUUUUCUUUUCUUUUCUUUCCAGAGAACGACUCGAGACAUUGAGUGUGACGUGUGGAUAGGAAAAAAACUAGACAAAGAACAAAAAGCAAACUAUACAACCGAAUGGUAUUUCGCAAGACCUAAAGUGGUUGGUGGAGAGACUGUCACCAGCAGCACGUUGGUUCAAUAUGCUGAGUACAGGAACGAUGAGUUAAUGCCGGCAUUUUAUUUCAAUAUAUUCGACUUCACGCAGGAUGAGCCCGACAUUUUGCAAUUUGAUGUAAAACGGUGCUACACUAACGUACAAAGAAAAAAAUUCGAUCUUUACUUCGACAGCAAGUAUCAUUCCUCAGUUAUUUUUCUACUUAAUAUUGUUGUAAUUCUUUUCUUCUUCUUCUUCUUCUUCUUCUUCUUUCUUCUUCUUCUUUUCUUUUUCUUUUUCUUCUUCUUCUUUCUAUUAUAUGUACUCAUGUCGUUUAAUAAAUUCAAACUUUAUCUCGUCACGUCCGUCUCACUUGCUUUGGGAAUCUCUCCACUUCGAGUUCAAAACAUUGAGGUAGAUCCUACAGGUGGUUAUGGUGUAGUUGCUUCUUUUGAGAUUAUGGACGCUGCCCCGAAGAUUGGUGACGUGGAACAUCCGAUUAAAGAGAAAGAUCUCAAGUCAGCUGCGAACAAGUUGCAUCAGUUGCUGAGGGACAAAAAACUGGAAGUUUACUUACAAAGUUAUAAAUCGAUAAUCACAGUCAGGCCGGUAGAAUUUACAGAAACCCUUUCAAAUUCAAUAAUUCCAACCACAUACAGCGGAACUUCCAUCACAUUAAUUACAAAACGAUUUAUCUUUCUGUCGUCUUCUAUUUAUCAUUCAUUUCUAUCUAUCUAUCUAUCUAUCUAUCUAUCUAUCUAUCUAUCUAUAUCUAUAUAUAUAUAUAUAUAUAUAUAUAUAUAUAUAUAUAUAUAUAUAUAUAUCCUUCGUUCUCAUUGGAUUUCUGUCUAUCUAUCUAUCUAUCUAUCUAUCUAUCUAUCUAUCUAUCUAUCUAUCUAUCUCUUUCAUUUCAUUCUCAUUCGGUUUCUAUCUAUCUAUCUAUCUAUCUAUCUAUCUAUCUAUCUAUAUAUAUAUAUAUAUAUAUAUAUAUAUAUAUAUAUAUAUAUAUAUUUCUUCCGUUCGCAUUCGGUUUCUGUCAUCUAUCUAUCUAUCUAUCUAUCUAUCUAUCUAUCUAUCUAUCUAUCUAUCUAUCUAUCUAUCUAUCUCUGUCUUUCUUUCGUUCUCAUUCGAUCUCUCUCUUUACCUAUCAUUUCUUUCUUUUGUCGUCGUCGUCCUGUUUCUAUCUAUCUAUCUAUCUAUCUAUGA